AACGUCAAUACAUCAACACCACCAACAAAGUACAACGAAAAAUCAUGGCGACGGACACUGAAGAGUAUCUCAAGACAACAUUUGAUUCGCUGCUGCACCGACUCGGCGCGGAUCCAGAUGUGCGCGUGCUAUGGGCCGAUGCCAUGAUCCAAGCCUACUCUGAGCCUCAGCGCUACUACCACACAAAAGAACACAUCUACGCCAUGCUCCAGCUCUGCCAGAAGCACGCGUCCGAGAUACGACAUCUUAAUGCCGUGCAGUUGGCCAUAUUCUUUCACGACUGGGUGUACGAUCCCCGCCUCAAAGACAACGAGGAACGGUCUGCGGUCGUCUUUAGACAGUUUGCCUCGCAGAUCGAGCUGGAUAUGCGGUUGCAAAAUAGAGUUGUCCGUUAUAUUGAUGCCACAAUUACCCACUCCAUUGUUCCCGAUGAAGAUCAGGCGGAUGUUGGCGACUUGCGCUUAUUUUUAGACUUUGAUCUGGAAGUUCUGAGUAGGGCGGCACCGGCGUAUGCGAAAUACGCUGGCGAGAUUAGACACGAGUAUAACCAUAUGUCUUGGAAUAAUUACAGAAACGGCAGAUCGCUUGUUUUGACCAAGUUUCUGGAACGGCCGCAGCUUUACUUUUCGUCGUCGUUUAGCGGUAUGGAAGCACGAGCAAGGGAGAAUUUGAAGCGCGAAAUACAAGGUCUAUCGGAGAAGCGGUUGGAACUUUAGUAUCCUUUGCUUCUAAUAUGACUGGCUUUAUAUUAUUAAUAUUAUUAAUAAUUUAAGUUCUAUGAGGCGGCUGCUUAUUCUCGGCAGUUAGUCGUUAGGAAAUCGUGGGAAGAUGCAAGAUGUAUCUAUAUAAGAAGAGAAGUAUCAAUCAGUCUAUUUAUAUUGCAUUAAAAACAAAUCAACUACAGAAUAUAAUAAUACAAGCUA